GCAAUGCAGUGCAGAGCGUGUAUUAGACACUGAGGCACACACUCGUACAGCCACAGAGGCGUGCACACGCUCACUCCACUGCUACAGCAGAGACCUGCCAGCCCCGGCGAUGCUCAGGCUGAAAUAACGAUGCAGUUCUGCAGAAAGGUGCUCUGCAAGCCGUGUAGUGCCAGAGUCACUUCACCAGAGGAGGACAUGGAAUACAAGAUGGGGAGCUGCAUUGGAAUCUCACGCAGACAGCCGGAAGCUAAGAGUUUGACCAAGAGAGACGACAAAGGUCUUCUGACUGUAUCCUCCAGCAGCCAGCAGAGUCUGCUAUCCCUACCAGACGUCCCAGUGAUCAGCGGGGUGGAGGAGAGCAGGAGUUCAGCUGAAGAUCAGGACGAGCUGGAGUUUCCUCACGACCUGCUGCCCAGUCUAGACUUCAGCAGUGAGCUCAACAUCUGGGAGUCCUCUCUGGGAGCUCAGACUAGCUCAGCAGAGGGGAAAUGUGAGCAGGUGAACCCCCUGCUGGCGGGCCUGCAGCAGCACCACAAAGUCAGUCCACCACGGAUGGUUCUAGAUAAAAGGCCUUAUGACAGCGACCCAGUUCUCACAGAUGUCCAGCCUUCACCUCGGCCCUCUGCCACACCUCACCCGGAUGUCCGACUCCUGACCCCUCCCCUCUCCGUCCUCCUUGACCGGGAACUCCAAGAGGCCUACCAGGAAUGUGAAGAACAAAUGGCCUCACUGAGCACACUCAGUCCCUCAGGGCCCCCCGGCACCAAACCUGAGACUGUUCAUAAUGAAGGGAAGAAAACUGGAGAAGUGAUGGUUAAAAAAUCCAAUGAGUCAUCGUCACUGCCUCCACUUGUAGUACAGCCAGGACAUAGCAACGGGGGCCAUGGAAACAAGAGUACACACGGAAACAGUGAGGCAGCAAACAGUCGGACGGAUACAGUUGUGUUUAGUUUCAGGGAUUACAUACUGGGCAAUGAGAAAAGUGCUGGGGCAGCAGAGACGGAGAGUGAAAUAAAAACAACACAGAGACUGGAGAAGUGUUCAGAUUUGAAGACAGAAACAGAGAUAGAUGAGCAAAAGCCUAAGGGAACACCCACGCAUACACAAUUAGAAACCACAGAUUUAUUGAAAGAAACCCAAAAAGAUGUCGCUGAGCAGAGAGGCGAUUUUAGAGACAAACAUGUUGAUUCCAAUGCAGCCGUUGAGAAAAAGAGCACUGUAGAUUGUAGUAUAGAAAUAGGGGACAAAUACAACGAGGCAAUAACAGAUAUUGUAGACAUUAAGAAAGAAAAGUGGAAUGAAUCCAGUACUAACGACACACCAGAGUGCAGUGAUGUUCGUUUAAAAGAUAAACACACAUUAUCAGAGAGGCAGCCAGAGACGCAGACAGGAGCAACAAAUCUAAGUCAGGAGGAUCAGGAGUCAAAAACAGACAACUCUCCAUGUGACAAACAGACCGAGCUGAACAAAAAGGCAAAGAAGAAAGAAAAAAAGAAACAAAGGAAAAAGAAAAAAAUAGAAGAGAAGAACACAGAGACUGGCCAGAAAGCAAAGGCAGUAGAAAAACCUGAAAACAAUUCAGAGGCUGUAUCUCUCACAAAUGUGGACACUCACACAGAAUCAACAGAAUCAAUGUCCCAGGCAGACGCUCUGAAUUUGAUUUGCGGGGAGCAGCCUGAUUGUGGGUGUGACUUCAAGAGACAGCUGAGUCCUAGGGGAAAGCCCUGCCCCAGCCCCCCCACCAUCAUCCUCUCAUAGCAGCCACGAUCAUCUUUCUGACCUGGGGUGUUCACCU